AUGGCAUUAGCAGAUUACCAGCAGGUUCGCCUAGUCAGCACUUUUACUGCCCCUAAGUCAUCCAAUGCCAAUGAUUUUGGGGCCUUUAUGAAUGACUUGUUAGAGGUAACCUGUUUCAUCAUUUCAUUAGGACUCUUGGGAAAGAUAAAGCGCUACCUCUCCAAGAGGCCACUGCCAUCUCCAGAUGACCGGAAGAAGUUUGAUCAUGAGUUUGCCCUCUCCACUUCCUUUCACGGAAUCCACAACAUUGCCCAGAACCGGAGCAGGGUUCGCAAGGCGAUCUGGCUGUCCGUGGUGCUGGGCUCUGUCUCGCUCGUGGUGUGGCAAAUCUACAGUCGCUUGGUCAACUUCUUCACGUGGCCCACCACAACAUCUGUAGAGGUGCAGUAUGUGGAAAAAAUCGAGUUCCCAGCUGUGACAUUCUGUAACUUGAAUAGAUUCCAAGCAGAGGCUGUAUCAAAAUUUGGCAUCAUUUUCUUCUUGUGGGAUGUAGUUUCCAAAGUCCUCCGCCUUCAGGAAGUUAGUGGCAACAUCACUCACUCUCCAGAGACCUUAGAUUUUGUUACAAGUCACCAAAACUUCAGCAUUACAGAAUUUGUCAAGAACAAUGGUUUUUAUCUCAAUCGGGACACUUUGUUGGACUGUAAAUUUUUUGGAAAACCAUGUGGUCCAAAGGAUUUCAAACAUGUCUUUACUGAAUACGGAAAUUGCUUUACUUUUAACCACGGUGAGAAUUUCCAAAGCAAGAAUAAAGUGAGCUUGUCUGGAAGAGGCUUAAAGCUGCUCUUCAAUGUCCAUCAGGAGGAAUUUACUGAUAACCCCUUGCCUGGUUAUGCUGAUGCUGGGAUCAUCUUUGUCAUUCACUCGCCAAAGAAGGAGCCGCAGUUUGAUGGCUUAGGUCUGUCUUGUCCUGUGGGCAUGCACUCACGGGUGACCAUCCGCCAACUGAAGACAGUCCACCAGGAGUACCCGUGGGGGGAGUGCAAGCCUGACAUCAAGCUGAAGAGCUUCACCACCUACAACACCUACAGCUGUCUGAAGGAGUGCAAAGCCCAGCACAUACAGAGGCUGUGCGGAUGCUUGCCCUUCCUGCUCCCAGGAAAUGGUAUCGAAUGUGAUCUACUAAAACACUACAACUGUGUAUCUCCUAUCAUUGACCACAUUGAGCUAGGGGGGCUGUGCACGAUGGGAACACACAACUCCAGCUGCCCUGUGUCAUGUGAAGAAAUAGAAUACCCAGCUACUGUUUCCUAUUCUACUUUCCCAAGCCAGAGAGCAUUAAAGUUUCUGGCGAAGAAAUUGAAUCAAAGCCAAGAAUAUCUCAGCGAGAAUCUUGUGAACAUUGAAAUAAACUAUAGUGACUUAAACUAUAAGAUAACACAGCAACAGAAGGCAGUGAGCGUCCCUGAGUUACUCGCCGAUGUUGGCGGUCAGCUGGGACUAUUUUGUGGAGCGAGUCUGAUUACCAUUAUAGAAAUUAUUGAAUAUGUAUUGACCAAUUUCUACUGGAUAUUCAUUUUCCUUUUGCUGAAAAUACUUGAAAUGAUCCAGAGGUCUCCUCCACCUCAGGCAGUAUAGAAAAAUGUUAAUAUUAUGUUAGAACAAAGUAUUGUUUUUUUUCUUCAUUAAUACAUAUAAUUAUAAUGGCUCAUUCAUUGUUACGGACUUUAUGUCAUACUUUGGAAAGUCUAAUAAAAUCACUGAAGAUUCCUAUUUCUGUAUUGUUUAAUAUAGUCUGUUUGCCUAAUUAUUUUUCUAUUGUAAACUGGGCACAGAAAAUAGUAACAAUUACAUAAUAGGCAUCCUUUACCUUUAUAUAAUAAUUAAUGGAAAAAUAUUUUAUAACUAAAUAUGGUAAUCACAUCUAUUGAACUGUAUAUGGUUGUGAGGAUUAUUUUAAAUGUCAACCUGCCACAACCUAGAAUCACCCUUAGUCUUUGAAGAAUUCUGUAGUCUGGGUUGGCCCGUGGACAGAUCUGCUGUUAACUGACCCAGCUCAGUAUAGGCAGCAUCAUUCCCUAGGCUGGGCCUGAACUUUUAAAAGACUGAAGGAAGCUACAAGCAGUCAAGAGAGAACCCAUGCAGCUACCUGCUCUCUGCUCUUGACUAUGGAUGUCAGGUUUUAAGUUCCUGCCUUGACUCCCACUCGGGGAUGGGCUGUGAUCUGGACUCGUAAGUCAAAGAAAACCCUUUCUUCCUUGGUUGCUUUUUGUUGAGGGUAUUUUUUAUCAUAACAUCAAAAUCAAAGCUAGAACCAUGGAUCAUUAAGACAAUUGUUCAUUUAGGAACCAAGUGUACAUAAUUUAUGCUUUCUAAACUUGGAAUUAUUUUCAUUAAAUCGGAGCAUUUUUGAUCUUCUGCAUGGUUUUAUAACUGAUUAGGGGGUGCAGGAAUCUGCAUUCCCUGUACAGAUGGAUUCAUAAAAUCAAUGUAAUUGAAACUGGAGCCGAAUCUGUGGUAGAGAGGGCUGCACAUUCCCUUCUAGCAACUCUUAUGCGCUUAUUUAAGCUAGAGAAGAAUCCAACAGUUCCAUUUAUGUUUUAGGCAAUCAACCACUUUCAGCCUCUUGGAAUGCUCAUUCAAUAGAGAAUUGCUCAAAAGCCUUCUUUAACACACAAAACGAUAAUCAAAGAACUCUCACUCCCGGGCUGAGGGUGCAAUUAGUUUGUGCUUAGCUUGUGUGAGGACCUAGUUUUCAGUCGGCUGCAAAAACAAUAUCAAUCUAAUUCCUAGUUCUUUCUGUUUGGUUCCAUUUUUUUCUUCCCGGCUGCAUGGCAUCGCCACUCUUGUUGGCUCAGGUAGUUGAGAGAAAUGGCCUGACAACCAUCACAUACUGACGUGAAGGACAUUGUUGAGAAUGAGUAUUGAUUAUCAACUGUUUACACUGGUUCCCAGAAUCCAGAUAAUUCCUGUCAUUUAAAUAUAUAAGUGCUAUCUGUUUUGGAAUUGGUGGUGAGAAAAGAAAAUACCUGUGCUGUGAAAAAAGUUUUAAA